GAAUUGUGUCAUUUAAAAAAAAAAAAUCUUAAAGGAGGUAAAAGCAGGGCAAGUCUCAACGUGAGCAUAGAGACAGAACACAAACCUCUUCACUCUCUUUCUCUCCUCUCUCUGCAAGAAGAACUCACAAAAUAUGGAGAACCGAGAUCCGCCAAACCCUCCGCCACGUGGGCCCUACCACCGCCGAGCUCAAUCCGAAGUCCAGUACCGGUUACCCGAGGACCUGGAUCUGGUGUCGGAACCAUUGUUCGAAGGUCUUGGAGGAUCGGAGGACGAUUUAUUUUGCAGUUACAUGGAUAUUGAAAAACUCGGCUCCAAACCCUCCACCGAAGACGACCCUCCCAAAACCGAUACCGCCAAUGCCAGUGUCCCUUCCCGGCCACGCCAUCGUUACAGCAAUUCGGUUGAUGGGUCCACUUCUUCUUCCUCAAUUAUGGAGUCUAUUGAAGCUAAGAAAGCUAUGGAUCCUAACAAGUUAGCUGAGCUGUGGACCAAUGAUCCAAAAAGAGCUAAAAGGAUUCUUGCUAAUCGGCAGUCUGCUGCUCGUUCAAAAGAGAGGAAAGCACACUAUAUCUCUGAACUUGAGAGAAAGGUCCAGACACUUCAAACAGAAGCCACUACUCUAUCUGCCCAACUAACACUAUUCCAGAGGGACACAACAGAUUUGUCCACCGAGAACACAGAGCUUAAACUUCGGUUACAGGCUAUGGCACAGCAGGCGCAGUUACGUGAUGCUCUGAAUGAAGCACUAAAGAAGGAAGUAGAGAGGCUGAAGAUUGCAACGGGAGAAAUGAUGACACCCACAGAUAUGUACAACUUAGGCAUGCAACAUAUUCCGUAUAGCCAAUCGUUGUAUUACCAACACCAACCACAACCUGGGCCAGGUGACUCCCAAAUCAUGCAAAUGCCACAAUCGCAUCCAUUUCAGCCUAACCCAUCAGGCCCCCUUCCAGCUCUGCUAGCCACAGCCCAGUCACAUGCCUUCUCAGAUACGUUGCAGCAGGAUCCUCUUGGCAGACUGCAAGGGCUUGAUAUCAAUAGCAGAAGUUCUCUUCUAGUGAAAUCUGAAGGCCCUUCAAUUUCUGCCGGUGAAAGUAGCAGUACAUUCUGAUAAAUGUUGCCAAUCAUCUGUCCCACCAUGUUUGUUGAAUUGUUCAUAGACUGACCUUAUUGACAGCCAAAGGUACUAUUUAUUUGAUUUCAAUUCUUUUCUGUGAUCGGGAGUUAGGUUUUUCAGUAGCUUCACCAUUUCUUAAAAAUAUUCAUGAGUUAUUUCCCUAUCAAAUUCAAAAUUCCCUGAGUAGAAAGUACAUCUUUUCUUGCCAGAAGUCUCCAUUGUAUUGUCUGUUUGGUACUGUUUAAACUCUGAUCACCGGGGAAUAAAUUAUUCUAAUUUUACAUUUCAUAUAUAUUCUUUCUCUUA